UUGGAGUAAGCGUCGGAACUCGGUGCGCGCGUGAAAUGAGCAUAAAAGUUACGUGUAAAGUUACAUAAAGCCGUGCUUCGGAAAAUCUGGGGAAACAUACGUGUAUUAUAUGUUUGUAUGAAAUAAACAGUGACACGGCGUUGGGCGGUUCGUGUGCGGCGUGCGCGCAAGAGAGAAAAAAAAAAAAAAAAAAAAAAAAGAGCGGAGGUGAAAAAGAGAUAUACAUGUAUACCCAUGAGUUAUAAAGUAUAAUGUAGGUGCGUGUAUAUCUAAAAAGGAAGGAAGGGAAAGUGAGCGAAGUGUCUGUAUCUCUUGACUGCGUUCCGCAGAUCGGAGCUUCGGAGUCAGAAAAGAAGAGGAAAGCGUAUAGUACAACAUCAGGAGCGCAGUGCCGGAGGAGAGUAGGGAGCUCGACGUCGAUUGCCCCUUGAAAACGUGCCGCGUGUGCAGUACAGUACAGUGCAGUGCCCUGAGUACGCGGUGUACAAGUCGAAGGGGUUAUAUAGUAAGUUUCGGAGCAACGUCGUCAUCAUCAUCGUCGUCGUCGUCGGCGGCGGGAGUCAGGGUCUCUUCAUUGACGAAGUCGACAAUUGCGUGCAUGUGCAGCUCGUGCAUACAUUAUCAUCAACGUGGUAGUUGCUUUCGAAGCUUGGCAUUUUUCCUACAUGCCAAGUUCAAAUGGUUCAAAUGCAUAAGCAGACGUUGAAGGGACUGUACGAGUACGUCAUUCUAAGUGAAAAGAGACUAUGCCAUCAGGAAUUUAUAAGUUGACCGGUUGGUAAACAAAUCCAACUUAACAGGCACUCCCCAAGUGCCAAAAGGGAUAAAUGGAUACCUGGUAUGCGUCCUGUAACCGUCUAGGUGCCACUGCGGGUAUAACCAGCGCGUUUCAAAUAAGCGCACCAAAUAACAAUAACGACCAAGUGUCCCAUCAUUUGAGUACCACUGCUCAGACAUUGCCCUCCACAACUACGGCCCAGCUGCUCUUGCCAGCAGCCGCACCUACAACCCUGGCCGGACAAUCUUCGUCGUUCAACUCGGCAGGCUUUCUAACCACUCCGACUGCUGUAGGUUAUGAUGUUUUCACGCCAUUCUUCAGUCACACAAAUUCCAAACAGCAAACGCACUACGUUUCCCAAACUUCACAACCUAUUGCCAGGGCACAAGUAGUUGCUACCUCCAAGCCGGACUCUCCUGUGGAGUCUUGCGGAAAUUAUGCAUCGCCUCAGCAAGAUGACACGUAUUACGAGCAUCAGUCAUCAGUUACCUCACCUUCGACAGUCAAUUGGAACCUAUCACACCCCACCACGACUCAAAUCACGAGUCCCUUUGGAAUACUCCCUCACGAGAGCGUCGCAGUUUCGUCCCCUCCAACAACAACAACCACGGCUGACAACGGCGUUGGUUACGACAACAAUUUCGUAACGCACUACAGCAAUGGUACGGGAAUAACUCGAGCCGAAUCUAAGACGGACGCUAGGGAGUCGUCGCCCAUGAAUAACGGCGAUAACACAAUCAAGUGCAUAGUCACGGAGUCGUCGAUGGCCGGUGCUCACACGUUUUUCCAAAGCGCAAAUGCCUUCGACUCGGACGGUCUGUCUACGAGUUACUCGACCGACGAUCAGUCCGCGACGAAUUCGUCGGCUGUCCAAUCGUCCAUGCAUCACCAGUCAUGCAUCGUCUCGACUCCGUCUCCUGCAAACAGGAUCACUCAGAUGCCGUCGCGAUCUCCCGUACUCACAACGAUUUAUCUCAGUACAAGUGUACAGGAUAAACCAACCGUUGUGCAAGGUAACCACACGAGUCCGGAUCAAGGCCACGAUAGCAGCCAAUCAUCUCCCAUCAGCUUUUCGAUGAUGGACUCGCACAACCUAAGCUAUAGCACGGCGAACAGUAAUGGUACGGUUGGCAAGGCCAUCACGACCAAUGGUGGCGUUCAGCAAUUCCACGUGCUAAAUCAGCAGCAACAGCAGGCCCCGAGCUCGUGUCGGCACUAUAAUUCGGCGAUAACCGAUUCUACUGGUGAUUUCCACAUGCAGCCCGCGCGAUCAAAGUCUGCCACCUCGACGGACAGUGCGUACUCGUCCAAUACAUCGCAAAACGGUCCCGAUUGCGCACAGGUCGUCGUGCCACGCAGGCCCAGUCCCAUGCAGUCCCACUCUCAAGCUUCACCUCUUGGUCACGUGCCUAGCCCUGCUACUUAUCCUAUGUACAAUAGUCCCAUUGCUAGCAUGUCCUCGCCUUCGUCCAUGCAGCAACAAUGCGACGGAACGACGAGUACGCCCUACAAAGCAGGUGGUGUGACGCAGCAAAUGACGCCGCCUUCGCCCCUCGAUGUCAACAUCACAAGGUCACCCUCGCAACAAAAUCAAGUCGUCUAUUCAUCCGUGAUCACGAGAGCUCUUGGUGCUAAUGAGAACAAAACUUAUAAUACAGAUGCGUCGAGUAGAGCAACGUUUGAGACGCAAUGUUGGGACAACGAAAGUCAUCAAUCCAACGACCCUCAAAAGUUCUCCAACUCUACAUAUCUCACAACCGACAGCAACGAGACGAGCGUUCUCACGAGUCAUGGGAUUAGUCAAAAUACGUCUUGUAUGGAUAGUAGUUCGAUGAAUCUACAAAACCUGAGCAGCUGUCGACAGCACCAGCGAAGUAUGCCGUCCCUCAGCGAUAACGAGGAUGACGACAUGAACGAUGUCGAGAAGCAGCACAUUCAGGUUCAGGAAGCGACGAUUAUCGUGCCCGUGAGUGAAAAGUGCCAAAGUUUGGAUAAACCGCCAGAACUCAUUACCGUUGCGCCUGCAAAUGAGUACCAAAUUCAAGCGCCUAUACACCACAGCGUCGUAAUAAAUCAGCAACAGCCGACAGUGGCAGCGACGGUGCAGGCAGCACCACAGCCACAGCAAAAUGGUUACAUCGAGUUCGAGAGGUGGAACCUAACGGCGUUGCCUCAUAAUACGAAAAUAAUCACAGCCACUCCAGCAACGACGUUUACGGUUCAGCCCCAACCGACACCUCAAAUACACACCGCGAACUUGGUAGGUGCCGUGACGCAUCAGACUCAACCAAUCCUGGUCACUCACCAAGCGCCCGCGCCUACGAUCUCGUACUUUCCAACAACUUUUCACAUUGCUCCGGCAACUCACCACAUGGCUGCUGCACCCGUUCAGCAACAAACGCAUCAUCUGCAACAACAGCAGCAUCAGCCACAACACCAACAACAACAACAUCAUCAUCAACAACAACAACAACAACAACACCAACAGCAGCAGCAACAGAUCGUGCACGAGAUGAAUCCAACGAUAGGGAUGAACUCUGUUACCAUGACGGACAUUGACAAUAGUUGCCAGCAGAAUAAUAAUUUGUGUGUAGUGAACUCGCUUGAUAAGCCUGAAGUGAUAAAUCCAAAUAUCGAAGAAGAGCUCGAGUACUUGAGCUCAAACGUAACGCCAGCUGUUGUCAACAAUCCGCCACCCGUUACUUCAGAUAUAAGACGGGUGCCGAAUAAUGAUCCCAAUUCCGGGUUCAUGACGAGUUACCUCAAGUUCCUGCAAGGUGAAAAGGACUCUUCACCUCCACCAUCGAUGCGAGGCAGAAGAAAUAAUGCGUGGAACAACAGAAAUCCAUAUGGUUCUAUGGAAUCCAAUGGUGUUGAUCCAUGGGGUAGAAAUAUAUCAUCGGUGGCGCAACAAAAUUCGUCAGAUAAAUCGAAAGAAAUGCCAACGAUAGACUAUGCUAACGAUCCACGUUACUUUCCCCUUCCAAAAGAGCGCAAAAGUCACAGCUUUGAUUCCAGCGAUGACGGUUUCUCGAGCGAUGACGAGCUACCGCCUUUUGGAUCCAAGCGUAAGCCUAACCAGGUGGAAAGUGCCUGUCAAGUAGAAAGUCAAACGAUCCAGAUGCCAGCGCCUAUGCCUCCCCUACCGACUCGAAAUCUUCAUCCUGAUGGCAGACCAAGGAAAGGUCGGCCGAUUAAGCCCGGCGGUCCCACCGACAGGAAGAGAAAAGCAGCCGAAGCCGCUGCAGCUGCGGCUGCUGAAGCUGCUGCCAAAGGCAUUGUUCUUCCACCGGUGACUGUGAAAAAGAGGAUGAGGAGAGCAACGCAGUUGCCGCGUCGAGAGAGUUCAAGGAGGAAGGCCAAGGAUAAUACGAGUGUGAAGCAGAUGCUCGACAGCCAGCAGAGUGUCGAGGAUCAUGAGGCCGAGGAGGAGCAAGACUCAGACUCGGAUCCAGCGUGGACGCCAGCGGCCAAGCCGGUUGAGGAUCACGAGGACAAGAGGCGAAAGCGCGGUAGGGCCGUCAUAGGUGGCAAACGACGCAAGCUCAUGGACGGCACGAUCGAGUUCAGCACAGAGUUGGUCGCCGGGCCAAAGCGCGGCCGUAAAAGGAAGCAUCCGAUCGAUCCGGCUGCCAGGAGUAACGCGAUCAAGCUCUCGUGUAAGAUUGACGAGAAAUUGCUGGCCUCCAUCAGCGAUGAAGACAUCGAUAUUUCCCCGUUCAAGCAUUCUACAUUCGGAGAUGACCAAAUUUCGUCUGGUGAAUUUGUUGUAAUAAAAAGUGACUUGGAACAAGAGUAUCCGCCCUUGUGGAGAAUUGAUGGGAAAACUCUUUUGCAAAAGUAUGAACCAUUUCAGUCAAACGGGAAAUUUUUGUACAGAAAUAUAUCAACAUAUUCAGGUUGGGCUCCACAAAACCGUCACAUUUAUCAACAAGUACCAGUCAAAUUUUGGCAGCAAGGCAAAAUGGAAACGAUUGUUGAGUUUUUGCGCGACGAUAUGAUAAUUGACGACAGCGAAUGUAUCAGUAGAUUUAUGAAAGAUACUGAAAAGUAUCAAGAUAAUUUCGAAGUGUAUAUACAAACUUUAAUUUCUCAAGCUCUGGAUUCAAAUUUCCUCACAGAAAUUUUCCAAGAAAAAGACGAUUACUUUUUGUCGAACGUUAAAACGGUUGACGAAAUAACGGAGGAGCGGAAGCAGCGAUUGCUUUCGACUACUAACUGGCAGUCUAAUGUUGUAACUGCAUUGUCCACUUGGCCUUGCAUAAAUGUGCUUAGAGAUAAUAUAGCGGAUUAUAAAGGCAAAUCGUGUGCUGGAUGCAGUCGAGUCAAAAUCCACGCCAGAGUUCUUCUAUAUGGACAGCCUUACAAUAGCACAACGCUGGAAGGUUCUCAACCCAAUCCUCAAGUGCCUCAAGAGAAGGAUUUUAUGUUUUGUCGAAUUUGUCAAACAAAAGUGGCACUGUUUAAUAAAGUAGCACAUCAAAAAUACCUCAUGUUCUUGGAAUGUGCACGUAGGGUAGCUGAUAAAAGGAUAGCAGAUCCACUCAAAGAUACUACAAUUAUUCUUAACGAAUUGUUAGCCGAUGAGUUGUGGUUAAAUCAGCUUUUCCGAGAUGUGAGGAGAAUUUGGGGAGAAAUAGAUAGUAUUCAUCAGCAAAUGAAAAAGAAGGAAGUUCUCGCGAACAAAAAUGCUGCAAAUAAUGCACUGGCUCAAGUGAACGUUCCAAAUAUGCCAGAGGCAUUACAUAUGGUAACCGAAUCUCAAGCCAUAGUCUCUUUUAACAGUCAAAUGUGCAGCAAUUUUUCAUAGUUCUGAUGUGGAUGAUAGUUUCUCAAUGCAUUUGUUAAGCCAUGAUUGAGACUAGUAAUUUGUUGAACUGUUUAUUAAAUGAUUCGGAAUAUUCAACGAACGUAUUUUAUUGAAUAUAGGGACUAAAUCAUUACUGCGAUACGCGUAGUGUACCGCAUAUAUUUUAUGUUUGUGUUUAAACUAUAGCAGUGAUGUAUGUGCAAACGAGGAAACGGUGGUGUUUGUUAUAAAAACUUUGAAAAUUCAUUCAGUUAGCAUUAUCAACCUAGUCUACAAGAAAAGCAGACAACUUCCUCAUGGUUCUAUGUAUAAGUCUGCAAUGUUUUUAUUUUUACUGAUACUAGAGGCGCAGUUAUAAGAUCGUGAAAGCAAACUUCCUGUAAGGCUUCUAAAUGUAAGUAUGGGUUAUCUGUUGUAGGUCUAGAAAAAAAAACAACAAUUUAUUAAUAAGUGCGAUUCAGCUUUAUUAAGCAAAUUGAUGUAACAUGUAUCAAGUUCACACAAUAAUUAACGAGAAAAUACUAAAAAUAUCAAAUUAGAAGUAGU